AUGAAAUUUGUAUUUGUAUUAUUAUUAGUAUUGGUAUCUGUUUCACAGUUUGUGUCGUCACAGAGUACAUGUCAACCCACUGGAGCAAUAUGUGACAAAAACAAUAUGUGUCAAACUACUGAUAUUUGUUUGAAUGGUUUUUGUACUAAACGUGUGACUGAUACAGCUUGUCAGAAUGUUAUAGUGCCAACCGGUAACUAUAAUGACAGCACAUGUGCAUUCCCAAAAUCGUGUGUUGGUGGAACAUGCCAAUACGCAAACUACUUGGCUGUUGGAGAGACAUGUACAUCAGAGUCGGAAUGCGCUAUCAAUUUAUCGUGUAUUAACAGUAAGUGUGGUUUGCCAACCGGAGCCAAAUGUCAGUACCAACAAGACUGUCCAUUCGACCAGUACUGCUCCAAUGGCCAAUGUCUUAAUCGUACGGCCGAUGGAGGUAGUUGCUCGGUGAUUGAUUGCUACCCAUACUCGACUUGCACCAGUGGCAAGUGUGUGCCAUACUACAGUGUUGCACCAGGCAGUCCUCUGCCAUGUGCCCCCUACACCUCGGACAAUAUAUGCGAUUUUGCCAACAACGGUGCCAAAUGUUUUAAUUCUCAAUGUCAAACUGUCACCUCGCAACUUGCCCAGUGUUCAGAUUCUGUCAGAUGUCCAACCAAUUGGGGAUGUGUCAAUGGCACAUGCAUCUUUUCGACCGAGCCUGUCCAAGUUGGAGCCUGUCAAACUGCCAAAAAGGCAUUUUUCAAAUGUAUGACUGCAUUCAAGUGUGUGCAGGGUGUCGAUGUGAGUUAUCUCUAUCCUCUGACACCGGCACCUGGUUCAUGCAUCUAUGACAAUUGCGGUAAGGAGUACUGUGCACUCUCGGCACUCGAGUGUGUCUCAAGAUACAACAUUGAGACUGUAGAGUGUAAUGGAUUCCAAAAUAGAGUAGACUAUUGCACCAACAAUCCUCCACCUCCUCCACCAACCACUCCCAUUCCAAGUACUACUACCACCUCCACCACUUCCAAUACAGGUGGAUCAACUACAUCUGAUACUACAUCCACUGGUGGCUCUACAUCUACUGCUACUGGUGGUGCCACUACUGCAGACACGACCACAACAUCACAACCAUCUGAAUCUUCAUCGAUUCAUUUCACUUUACCAUUAUGUUUGGUCAUGUUGGUAGCAUCUCUUUUAUUAUUCUAG